AUGGACACUUCGAAAAUGGAGAUCAUAGAUCCGAAUGGAGACGUGAUUCUCACCCUAGUACACGAACCAGAUAUCAAGUCGAAUCCAAACACUACGCCCAAUGCCACACAAGCACCCAAGCAAGCCCGGUUCCAAGUUUCCUCAAAACAUCUUAUGCUCCCAUCGCCGUAUUUUAUGAAGCGACUGGGGCCAAAUUGGUCUGAAGGCCGAGAGCUGGCCCUGAAUGGCGUUGCUGAGAUCAAGAUUGAAGGCUUCGAUUCCGAGGCCCUGCUGAUUAUCCUCAACGCCAUGCACUCACGCAAUGACCAAGUUCCAAGUGACGUGACAUUUGAGUUGCUAGUCAAGAUCGCUCAACUCACCGAGUAUUUUCAAUGCAAUAAGGCCAUCGGGGUAUUUGGGGCGACGUGGUUUAAUCAAUUUCGGCGGCUUCGGGGCGAUUCUAACGAACUCCCGGGGUAUCUGCUCGUUUCUCACGUCUUCGGCAGUGAGGCGGACCUCAAACGCGGUAUUUCCUGUGCAUGGAAAGAGUCCAAUGGCCCCUUUGACACGAAGAAUUUACCCCUUCCAAGUUUUGUGAAAGACACUAUCGACGCAAACCGAGAGUCAUUCAAUGAGAAUCUCGCCUCCCAUAUCGGUAGACAAGUCAUCCAAAGCUUGGGAACCCCACCGGGGUCACGGUACACCUGUGAAUCCCUACGACUGGGCUUUUGGGCCAAGGGCAAACGGCUGAAUGAAGGUGCCCCGGCAAAGGAUGAUGCUUCCAGCCCCAAGUCAUUAAGUGAGCAGAUAUGGCAGUGGAACGAGAAGGCAAAGCAUACUUGCCCCGAGAAGUGGUGCCGGAAUUGCUCAAACUUCAUGAAGCUCCUAGGGCCGGACCUCACGGCUCAGAUUCAAGAUGCUCGGCAAUCUUACAGAUGA